AUGGUCUUUCCGAUUCCAUCAACCCAAAUACGACCUUUCGUCGAUCUAUCAAGGGGAUACGAGAAACCCGAAUACCAGGAGACAUUCUCCAAAUCGUUGGUAUUCAAAUCGACGCCCCCUUUCUUUUACCUCAGGCGACACACCACUCAUCCUGCGAUGCCAGUUCAUUUUGACAUAGCGUCCCACCCUUCCAAGCCCGUUUCAUCGUCCCAUUAUCCGCUUGCCAACCCAGACCAUCUCCUUCAGCAGACCUGGGGUGCUGCAGGCGAGAGUGGAGCAAACAAAUACCAGGAACUGCUCCAGAGUUCCUUUGCGCGAAGCGACUUAUCUAGGAUCCAGCCUCGUCAGAAUGGAUUGAUAGACACGGUGGUCGAAGCAUACUGCCGUCACCAUCAUCUUGUUCUAAGGCCCGAUGACGUCUGGACUGCGAUCCUUUGCCAGUUCAACUUAUACGUCAACGCACACUCAGAGGAGCUCCGUGCCCAUUUUGUGGCGCAUGAGGACAAGAAGACGCUCACUGUCCGGGCGAGUGGGACUCGGUACACGGUGGAUUUUGGCAACAUGGCCCGACAAAUGGCCGAAGAAAUUCACAAGAACGUCGUAGACGAAAAGCUGAAAGAUUGGAUAUUGCCAGAUUUCACCACGACAUCCCAUCAUGAUACUGUCGUUGCUGCCGUUAUGAUGAUGGCCACCCUGAAAGCAUAUUUCGACUAUGUCUUCUUUCUCGACUGUGGUAUUCCUUCCAUUACAUUAGAGGGCGAGAAAGAGGACUGGGAGAACAUCCUCCGCCGCCUCGACAAAUUAGAUGAGUUCGGCCAGGAGCCAACAGCUUGGGCAAGGAUGCUCCGUCCCAUCCUCAAACGAUUCGUCGACGCCUUCGACGGUGGCAAGCGUGAUGCGGAGUUCUGGGGCCGCAUUUGCCACUACGAGGAGGUUCUGGGGUUGCCUACAUCAGCGGCUGGAUCACGGCCUUUUGCUACUGGGACACCAAGGGCAAGAGCCUCGCGGGAUCGGAUGAUUCGAGGCUACAAGUUGACGGCGUGCGGUACCACACCGUUGACAUUAAAUCUGUCCCGGUUGGUUACUGCGAGGUGGACGUGCUCCUCAUCGACAACGGCGAUAAAUUUGAGUGCAUGA